UUCCGGGUCAGGUGACCGCGCGUGGUCACGUGACCUGGCCCGAGUGCGGUCUGUGGAAAGCGGAAGUGGGAGAGGAGUUGGGCGCCGCUUCAGUGGCCGCUGCAGUGUCCUGGUGAUGACAUGGCAUCUGCCAGCUCCAGCCGGGCAGGGGUGGCCCUGCCUUUUGAGAAGUCUCAGCUUAUCCUGAAAGUGGUGUCAGCAAAGCCCAAGGUGCAUAGUCGUCAACCUCGAAUUAACUCGUUUGUGGAAGUGGCCGUGGAUGGACUUCCCAGCGAGACCAAGAAGACUGGAAAGCGAAUUGGGAGCUCCGAGCUUCUGUGGAACGAGAUCAUCAUUUUGAAUGUCACAGCCCAGAGUCAUUUAGACCUGAAGGUCUGGAGCUGCCACACCUUGAGAAAUGAACUGCUAGGCACCGCCUCCGUCAGCCUCUCCAAUGUCCUGAAGAACAAUGGGGGCAAAAUGGAGAACACACAGCUGACCCUGAACCUGCAGACAGAGAACAAAGGCGGUGUUGUCUCGGGUGGAGAGCUGACAAUUUUCCUGGACGGGCCGACUGUUGAUCUGGGAAGCGUGCCUAAUGGCAGUGCCGCGACGGAUGGUUCACAGCCACCUUCGAGAGAAUCCAGCGGGACAGCCGUUGCUCCAGAGAACCGCCACCAGCCCCCCAGCACAAACUGCUUUGGUGGGAGAUCCCGGACGCACAGACAUUCAAGUGGUUCAACCAGACCAGCCGCAGCAGCCGGCGAGCAGAGCCCCGGUACUAGCAGCCGGCACCACCAGCCCGUCAAGAACCCGAGCCACAGUGGCUUGGCCAAUGGCACAGUGAAUGAUGAACCCACUGCAACCACUGAUCCCGAAGAACCCUCUGUUGUUGGUGUGGCGUCCCCGCCUGUUGCAGUGUCCAGUGUGACCCCGAACCCCACCACCGUGACUAUCCCUGCCACGGCCACGCCGGCCGAAGGGGAGGAGCCCAGCACUUCGGGCACUCAGCAGUUCCCCGCAGCCGCCCAGGCCCCCGAUGCUCUGCCUGCUGGAUGGGAGCAGCGAGAGCUCCCCAACGGGCGUGUUUAUUAUGUUGACCAUAACACCAAGACCACCACCUGGGAGCGGCCUCUUCCUCCAGGCUGGGAGAAACGCACAGACCCCCGAGGCAGGUUCUACUAUGUGGACCACAAUACCCGGACCACCACGUGGCAGCGCCCCACGGCCGAGUACGUGCGGAACUACGAGCAGUGGCAGUCCCAACGCAACCAGCUCCAGGGCGCCAUGCAGCACUUCAGCCAAAGGUUCCUCUACCAGUCUUCGAGUGCUUCCACUGACCAUGACCCCCUGGGCCCGCUCCCUUCUGGCUGGGAGAAGAGACAGGACAACGGACGGGUGUAUUACGUGAACCACAACACACGCACGACCCAGUGGGAAGACCCUCGCACCCAGGGGAUGAUCCAGGAGCCGGCUCUGCCCCCAGGGUGGGAGAUGAAGUACACCAGCGAGGGGGUGCGCUACUUCGUGGACCACAACACCCGUACCACCACCUUUAAGGAUCCUCGCCCGGGGUUUGAGUCAGGGACAAAGCAAGGUUCCCCUGGUGCCUACGACCGAAGUUUUCGGUGGAAGUAUCACCAAUUCCGUUUCCUCUGCCAUUCAAAUGCUCUCCCCAGCCAUGUGAAGAUCAGUGUUUCCAGGCAGACACUUUUUGAGGAUUCGUUCCAGCAGAUCAUGAACAUGAAGCCCUACGACCUGCGCCGCCGGCUCUACAUCAUCAUGCGUGGCGAGGAGGGCCUGGACUACGGGGGCAUCGCCAGAGAGUGGUUUUUCCUCCUGUCCCACGAGGUGCUCAACCCCAUGUACUGUUUGUUUGAAUACGCUGGGAAGAACAACUACUGCCUGCAGAUCAACCCUGCCUCCUCCAUCAACCCCGACCACCUCACUUACUUCCGCUUCAUCGGCCGAUUCAUCGCCAUGGCUCUGUACCAUGGAAAGUUCAUUGAUACAGGCUUCACACUCCCUUUCUACAAGCGGAUGCUAAACAAGAGACCGACCCUGAAAGACCUGGAAUCCAUUGACCCUGAAUUCUACAACUCUAUCGUCUGGAUCAAAGAGAACAACCUGGAGGAGUGCGGCCUAGAGCUGUACUUCAUCCAGGACAUGGAGAUCCUGGGCAAAGUGACAACCCACGAGCUGAAGGAAGGUGGAGAGAGCAUCCGAGUGACAGAGGAGAACAAGGAAGAGUACAUCAUGCUGCUGACCGACUGGCGUUUCACCCGGGGCGUGGAAGAGCAGACCAAAGCCUUCCUGGACGGCUUCAACGAGGUGGCCCCCCUGGAGUGGUUGCGCUACUUUGACGAGAAAGAGCUGGAGCUGAUGCUAUGUGGCAUGCAGGAGAUAGACAUGAGCGACUGGCAGAAGAACACCAUCUACCGGCACUAUACCAAGAACAGCAAGCAGAUCCAGUGGUUCUGGCAGGUGGUGAAGGAGAUGGACAACGAGAAGAGGAUCCGGCUGCUGCAGUUUGUCACCGGGACCUGCCGCCUGCCCGUUGGGGGAUUCACCGAACUCAUCGGUAGCAACGGCCCACAGAAAUUUUGCAUUGACAAGGUUGGCAAGGAAACCUGGCUGCCCAGGAGCCACACCUGUUUCAACCGGCUGGACCUGCCGCCAUACAAGAGCUAUGAACAGCUGAAAGAGAAGCUGCUGUAUGCUGUUGAGGAGACCGAGGGCUUUGGGCAGGAGUAACUGAGGCUGACCCCCACCCCCAAACCCCAGCACAUGUGUAGUCUUGAGUCCUCCCUGCCUGAGAGGCCACUGGCCACGUAGCCCCCGGGAGGCCCCUGCAGAUGGUAGUCCCACGUAGGACCACACUGUCAUCAGGCUGGUGGCAGCAGAGCCUGACCUCAAGAGGCCCUGCCCUGCCCUUCGCUCCUCCCUACUGGUGGCAGUCUGGAAUAAAGCCUCCAUGUCACCCUUGGCCCCAUCAGCCAUUGCAAAGCCUGGAGGGCUGACCCUCUCUGCAAAGCUCAUCCUCCUCCUCCCUUGAGACCAACCCUAGGUUUGUGUGCAUGUGCAAGGGCGGGCGCCCUGGGCUGAAACCCUGGGCCUCACAGGCUGGUUAGGUGAGAGGGAGACUGGCCAUUUGGGGUAGCUGUUCUGGGCUGAGGAAGCCCAGGGUCUUUGCCAGUAAAAGAGGUUCUAUUUUGUAUAGAACUUUUCCAGUAAUCUAUAUAAAUGAAGGUCUGAGGGAGGGGAACUCUGGACCAAGGUCACCUCUUGUCCCUGGCUAGCCAGCUCCAGCCACGGAGGCUGAGCAGCACGGCCCCGCCCUCCACUCAGUGCUGGCCAGUUUGUUCCCUCCAGCAGAUGAAGGGUCGUUACCAGCUGCUUGGAUGUCAGGGGGAUGGAAACCCUCUCAGAUUUUCUUUUCCCUUUUGCAUAAACUUGAAGCAUUCUGCGUGUAGGGCCGCUUUGUGUUCUAUGGCUGGCGUCACUUCCUGUCAAGGAACUGGGGCGCCAGGCAUGGCUGGGACCCGGGGCACCCGGCACUGUUGGUCCAAGAACUUCCCAAACAGCUGCUCCUCCUAGGAGCCUGCUUUGCAGUUCUGUGAGCGCGGGCAGGCCUGACCCAGUGGCUCAACUUCCCAACAGCCUUGUCCCCGAGCUUUUGGCAGAGAAGGGGGAAGGGGAUUAUUGUCCUGAGUGUAACCCCAACCUCGCUGCCUCCAAGAAGGGAGAACUCCCUUUGCUAGAUGGAGUGAUGGGGUGCGUGGGGCUGAUGGGCUAAGACCCUGGACCUCCAGGCGGCCCGUGUGUCCGGGUGGAGAAUGAAGUGUGUUCCCGCCACUGUAGAGUGUGUUCACUCUGCCUCGAAGUGUCGCUUUCCCUGCACAAAAGAGAUGAUGCUCUUGGAAACCAGCAGAAGGGCCCUGAGCUGCUGUGCACAGUCUGACUUGAUUGCUGGAGCUCCUGCUGACCUCUGCCGUGGGCAUCCUGCUGUGUGUUCAGAUCUUCCAGGCGAACACACUCCUCUGGGAUGCUGGAGUGGUGAUUGUCACUGGGUCCCCUUGCAGGUCCUCAGACCACCCACGGGGUUGUCUGAGGACAGCCUCGUGCCCUCAGGUCCUUGUCCUGCCCCCUGCCACCCUGGCCCGUGUCUGCUCUGUUGUAUGUACUGAUUCGAGCGGCUCAGCUCACUGCAGCCCAGCCUCCUCCUUCCCUCGGAUCAUUGGCUGUGCUUCCCUGUGGUGUCUCACCAUGUUGGGGAUUGGGGCACAAGCCACCACGCCAUGCAGGGUUUGGGAGCCUCAGGCUCAUGGGCGUGCCGAGUGCGUUCAUGUGGGUGUGUGUGUGUACAUACGUGUAUAUAACUGAGGUGUCUGUACGGAAUGCCCUUUGGUAGCUCUGAGUUGGUCACCAGAUUGUUUUGUAAUGCCCACCCCCUUGCCUUGGUAUUGCCAGUUUCUUGUGCAAUAAACAAUCAGCAGCUGU